ACACCGCCUUCAACACCACCACCGCAAUCAGAACAUCAACCACAGUGUCCGCCACCUACACCCGAAUCACGGAUAGGUAAACACCUUGGGAAGUCGCUGCAGUUGAAGGGGAUACUAGGGACGGGAGCCUACGGAGUUGUGUACUCCGCGUUCGACCACUGCACCCAAAAUUGGUAUGCGGUGAAAGCCUUGAGCAAAACCAAUGCCAAUGGAGAACCUUUGGAUAGAAGACAGCGGGAAUUCCAAUCCAGGGAGAUCCAACUUCAUUACUCAGCCUCAGCACACCCUAACAUAGUUUCCAUGCUCAAGAUUUUGGACGACCCAGAUUGCACAUAUGUCGUUCUGGAGUACUGUCCAGAGGGCGACCUUUUCUCCAACAUUACGGAGAGGGGAAGGUAUGUUAGCAAUGACAGGCUUGUCCAGCAAGCAUUUCUCCAAAUCUUGGAUGCCGUGGAACAUUGCCACCGUUUGGGUAUCUACCACAGGGACCUCAAGCCGGAGAAUAUCUUAGUCUCCAACUCAGGAAACAAAGUACUCCUUGCAGACUUUGGGCUUGCAACCACGGACUCCGAGUCAGAGGACCACGGCUGCGGAUCGACCUUCUACAUGUCACCAGAAUGUCUGGACCAAUCUUCAAGGAAGCCAUCAUACCGAUGCGCUCCCAACGACAUUUGGUCCCUUGGAGUCAUUCUUGUCAAUCUUACAUGUGGCCGCAAUCCAUGGAAACAAGCUUCCGCUGAGGAUUCCACAUACAAGGCUUUCACCAGGAACCCAGAUUUUUUGAAGACAAUUCUCCCCUUGUCUGAUGAGCUGAACGAGAUCCUUGGCAUGAUCUUUGCCCGCAACCCAGAGGAGAGGAUCACCGUUGGCCAGCUCAAGUACCGCAUCUCUCAGUGCUCCAACUUCUCGGCUCCACCCCAGUCUCAACAACAGCUCCCUACACCACCACACUCACCC